AUGCCGUUACCAGCCAAUUCUACAAUGGUGUAUAUUCAUGAAACGGAAUCGAAUCGAAGAUUUAUGGUGUCGCUUGAUUUGGAUAGUACACUAAAUGGAAACCGCGAAAAAAUUUCUGAAACAUUCUUGACUACGUGGAAUGAAAAUGUCCUUAAUUACAAUUUGCGUUAUUACAAUUAUUUGGGGGUCAAUAAAGGAGACGUACAAUUGAGAAAUUUGAGAAUUGAUGGAGGAGUCUAUGUGAAGCUAAUCGUAGAUUGGCCGGAAGAUAAAAAACCCGCUUAUAACGAGGAUUCCUCAUCGGAUGGUACAACUGCCGGGACCCCAUCAGAUGGCGACAUGGAUCCUAAUGAGGAAGGAACAACUAAUAAGAAUAGGAAAAGAAAACUGGUGACUUCUGAUGAAGACAAUGAUUUGGUGAGAAAAAGAGCUCGGAGGGACUGUACAGAGGACGUCGAGCAAUUCAAUCAUGAUGCAGGUCAUAUGGUUGUUGGCGCGGCUGUUCAGCUCGAAACCGCGAAUAUUCUGGAAAUUUUCUCUUCGGAUACAAACAAACGUGACGUCAUAUUCGAAGAUUCCCAGACAGUGGCAUUCUACAAAGACUCUUCUCCCGACUCGGUUCAUUAUGUGGUGGUUCCAAAACGACGUGUGAAUAUGCUCCAGAAUGCGGAAAAGACGGAAUUCCUUGGGAAUUUAUUGAUCGUGGCCACAAAAGUGAGGGAAACCCUGAAGUAA